AUGCCCGUCGCGCUCCGUCUCCAGCGCUUUGGCGCCCGCCAUCGUCCCUUCUUCCGCAUUGUGGCAGCCGACCAGCGCAGCCCACGCGAUGGCAAGCACCUUGAGCGGCUGGGCACUUAUGACCCCAUUCCUCGUGCCGACGGCUCCAAAGUCUGCAGCUUUGACUUUGCCCGCAUUCGGUCGGUCCCCGCCUUGGCCCUGCAGUAUUUCGCUCGGCUCGGCGCUCGGCGCUCGGCGCUCGGCGCUCGCUGCUUUGUGCCAGCGCUCCUCUCAUCCCUUUUUCGCUUGAAAACGCCCCGCGGCAUUCAAUAG